AUGCGCGUUAACAAGAAGGUUAGUACCGGCUCUAGGCGCGGCCACAAGUUUCCGCACAUGGCACGGAUCGCCGUCGUGGGAUCCGGGAAGACCUCGGAAGUUCCCUCCGAGCCACGCUCGGAUGACAUUGGCGUUGUGACCAUGGAAGGCGAGCAGGCAAUGGACGCUUCGAAUUUUCCGGAGAUCAAGAAUGGAGUCGAAUUGACGGCGCCGAAGGAGGGAACUAAAGCCGAGGCUGCCCCGCCCGCUUCCGCUCCAAUUCCAACCGCUACCAGCGUCGAGAUCAACAGUGAGGAGCCGAUGGACACGAAUGCUGAAGUUUCGCUGCCAGUGCCGCCGUCUGAAAAGUCGCUACCGGAUGUGAAGGCUGGAAAACUGCCCGUGUUCAAGCUGGAAGAGGUUGAGAUUGAUAUGGUUCCGUCCGCCUCCACGGCUUCUACCUCCAGCGCCAUCUUCGAGCCGCCCAUCAUCCCGUCCAAGCGAUCCACACGCUCGAUUGCUGUUCAACACACUGGAUCCCCCGACGUC